AUGCCAACAGAAGCAGCAGAAUAUUUUGCGGUGGAGCCAUUAACUGGUGACAUUCGCAUUGAUCCAAUGCUAGCCGACUACACGGAAGGUGUUUUUACGCUUGAUAUUAUUGCCACACAGCAGCGAGCAGUUUCCGAAACCGCUCAGCUUACGCACAUUGUCAAACAGGUAGCUUGUCUCUCGAAAUUAGCAAAUAAAGGCUGGUAUAGAAGAUUUUGA